AUGCCCUGUGGAUAUCGCUCCAGCACUGAAUACCAUUUCCACGAGGAACAGUCUGACGCCAUUGUUCGAGUCACUGCCUACCAUCGGAAAGAUUACUGUCAAUCUGUGAUAUGGUUCUCACCAGGCCAACACGACAGUAUUCGUCUGUCGAUAGCAACGCCUUUCCAGCGGACUUCUAAUAAGGGACUUGGAUCCCUCGAUCGGCUACCCCUCGAGCUCUUGCAUGACAUGUUGCUACGUCUGGACAUGCAUUCACUGUUCAAAUUUCGACAGAUAAACCUCCGAUCGAGACAGAUAGUAGACUCUCUCAAGCAAUAUCAGAUGGUGGUCUUGCAUGGACUGAACCUUUUCUGUGCCUUGUUACGAACACGGCUUGCCAUCGACAUUUCUCUAUUCGACUUUUACUAUGCCCUAUGUACCAAGACUUGCACUUUUUGCGGCGAGUUCAGCGGGUUUAUAUCCCUCUUAACCUGGACUCGAUGCUGUUUCAAGUGCCUUCAAGGAGCGCCGGAAACCCAAAUGCAAACUCUUCACACUGUCCGGAAGCAAUUCCACCUGACCAAGGCCGAAGAAAACCAACUGAGUUCAUUCAAGACCUUGCCUGGGAUAUAUUCGAUGAUGGAAUCUGCUUACAAAUCCCGCUUUACUAUCGUUUCUGUUCAUCAGGCCAUAUUAGUUUCCGGACAGCAAUCGCAUACACUAGUGCAAGUACCGCUGGCGAACUCGGGAGGAAAUAAAAAAUAUAACUUUAUGGGGUCGUGCGCACUUCCUUAUUAUGAUAGACGAACCGGCAAAGUACAACACGGAAUAUUGUGCGCCGGGUGUCAACUCGCUCUCGAAAAGGACAUCAUUGGCUCCAGAGGCGAGAAAUGGGCAUUCGAGGCUCGCGACAAGGUAUAUGCGCAAGAUGACUUCUUGGAACAUUUUCGAUGGUGUGAACAGGCACAGCUCCUGUGGAGAUCGAGUGGAGAAGGUAACAACCCGCCAACUGAGCUACCGGAGGCUGCUCGGAGAGGUGGCUACUUCAACAAGAGAGAAUAA